CCCGGCAGCUGCAGAAUGUUCCGCCGCAGCAAGAGCUGCCGCGCGAACCGGAAGAGCCUGAUCCUGAGCAGCACCUCCCCCACCCUCCCGCGCCCGCACUCGCCGCUGCCGGGACACAUCGGGAACAGCCCCCUGGACAGUCCCCGCAACUUCUCCCGCAACCCCGCGCAUUUCUCCUUCUCCUCGCGCCGGCCCGAUGGGCGCCGCUGGUCUCUGGCUUCGCUCCCGUCCUCCGGUUAUGGCACCAACACCCCCAGCUCCACCGUGUCGUCCUCGUGCUCGUCGCAGGAGCGGCUGCAGCUGCCCGCCCGCCCCACCCCCGAGGAGCUGCGCUUCCUGUCCCGCCACUUCGGCAGCUCCGACGGGCUCGCGCGGGACGGGGGCGGGGCCCGGGGGGGGGCGGGGCCGCGGCCCAGGUCCCGCAGCCUCAGCCCCGGCCGGUCGCCCUCGUCCCACGACAAUGAGAUGGUGCUGAUGAACCACGUGUACCGGGAGCGGCUGCCCAAGGCCGCGGCGCAGAUGCAGGAGCGCCUGGAGGACUUUGUGCGGGGCUGCGGGCCCGGGGGGGCGCCCCUGCCCGACGGGGCGCUGAGCUUCAUCCAGCACCAGCUGGUGGAGCUGGCGCGCGACUGCCUGGCCAAGGCGCGGCACGGGCUGCUCAGCGCCGGCUACUUUUCUUACCAGCUGCAGGAGAACAUGGAGCGGCUGCUGCAGGACGCGUACGAGCUCGAGUCCGAGGACUUGGCCUUCAUCACGCAGCUGGUGAAGCGGCUCCUCAUCAUCAUCUCCCGCCCCGCGCGGCUGCUCGAGUGCCUGGAGCUGGACCCGGCCGAGCUGCACCAGGCGCAGAGCGCGGAGCCCCCCGGCGCGGGGGGGGCUGCGGGGGGACGUCCCGCGGUACCUGACGGGGCAGCUGGGGCUGCGGGGGCUCCCGUGCACACGCAUGUGGGCGCACAGGGCGUGUGGGGUGUCACGUGCAGGGGUGCACACGUGUCCCCACGCGUGUCGCGUGUCCCCUGUCCCCACGCAUGUUCCGUGUCCCGUGUCCCCAUGCGUGUCCUGUGUCCUGUGUCCCCUGUCCCCACGCGUGUCCCGUGUCCCCAUGCAUGUCCUGUGUCCUGUGUCCCGUGUCCCCACGCAUGUCCCGUGUCCCGUGUCCCCACGCACGUCCCGUGUCCCGUGUCCCCACGCGUGUCCCGUGUCCCCACACUUGUCCCGUGUCCCCAUGCGUGUCCCGUGUCCUGUGUCCUGUGUCCCCACGCGUGUCGCAUGUCCCCUGUCCCCACGCAUGUCCUGUGUCCCGUGUCCCCACGCUGUCCCGUGUCCCCACGCGUGUCCUGUGUCCCCACACUGUCCCCGUGUCCCCAUGCGUGUCCUGUGUCCCCACGCGUGUCCCGUGUCCCCACGCUGUCCCCGUGUCCCGUGUCCCCACGCUUGUCCCGUGUCCCCACGCUGUCCCCGUGUCCACAUGCGUGUCCCGUGUCCCCACGCUGUCCCCGUGUCCCGUGUCCCCACGCGUGUCCCGUGUCCCCACGCGUGUCCCGUGUCCCAGAGGUGCUGCAGCGCGAGGAUCCCGACAGCGGCGGCAGCAACACCCCCGAGGAGGCGGCCGAGGGCCGCGGUCUCGUCCCCCCCAGACCCAAGAAGCCUCCGGGCGAGAGCGACUUCGAAACCAUCAAACUGAUCAGCAACGGGGCCUACGGGGCCGUGUACCUGGUGCGGCACGUGGCCACGCGGCAGCGCUUCGCCAUGAAGAAGAUCAACAAGCAGAACCUGCUGCUGCGGAACCAGGUGGAGCAGGCGUUCGUGGAGCGCGACAUCCUCACGUUCGCCGAGAACCCCUUCGUGGUCGGGCUCUUCUGCUCCUUCCAGACGCGCCGGCACCUCUGCAUGGUCAUGGAGUACGUGGAAGGCGGGGACUGCGCGACGCUGCUCAAGCACAUCGGGGCGCUGCCGCUGGAGCUCGCCCGGCUCUACUUUGCCGAGACCGUCCUGGCGCUGGAGUAUCUGCACAACUACGGCAUCGUGCACCGCGACCUCAAGCCCGACAACCUCCUGAUCACGUCCCUGGGCCACGUGAAGCUGACGGAUUUCGGGCUCUCCAAGAUGGGGCUGAUGAGCUUGACCACGAACCUGUACGAGGGGCACCUGGAGAAGGACGCGCGCGAGUUCCGCGACAAGCAGGUGUGCGGCACGCCCGAGUACAUCGCCCCCGAGGUGAUCCUGCGCCAGGGCUACGGGAAGCCCGUGGACUGGUGGGCCAUGGGCGUCGUGCUCUUCGAGUUCCUGGUCGGCUGCGUCCCCUUCUUCGGGGACACCCCCGAGGAGCUGUUCGGGCAGGUCAUCUCGGACGAGAUCCUGUGGCCCGAGGGGGAGGAGUCGCUGCCCCCUGAGGCGCAAAACCUGAUUGGCCGCCUCCUGCAGCCUGACCCGCUGCGGCGCCUGGGAGCGGGGGGCGCGCAGGAGGUCAAGGUUCACGCGUUCUUCGCGGGGCUGGACUGGACGGGGCUGCUGCGCCAAAAAGCCGAAUUCGUGCCGCACUUGGAGUCGGAGGAGGACACGAGCUACUUCGACACGCGCUCCGAGCGCUUCCCGCACGCCGCCUCCUACGAGGACGAGGACACGGCGGAGGACGAGCCCGUGGAGAUCCGGCAGUUCUCGUCCUGCUCGCCGCGGUUCAGCAAGGUGUACAGCAGCCUGGAGCAGCUCUCGCAGGAGCCCAAGGGGACAAAGGGGCGACACGACGGCCGCGACCGGGACCGGGACCGUGACCGGGACCGCGACCGGGACCGCGACCGCGACCGCGACCGGGACCGUGACCGGGACCGCGGCUGGCGCGGGGGGUCACCCGAGCUGAGGCGCCCGGCGGCCGAGGGGGGGGAGGCGGGGGGGGACAGCAGCUCCUCCCCUCCCCCCCCGGGCCCCCGGCGCCGCUUCUCAGCGCUGCUGGACCCGGGACCCCUCCCCCGCCCCGCGGCCCCCCCGAGAGGGACCCCCCGACGGGCACGAGGAGCCAGGUCAGCGCCGGACGCCUGGGUCCCCUGGGACCGCGCCCCCCCCCGGGCCGAGCUGGGGCUGCGGCGGCCGCGCCCCCCGGGGGUGGCCCCUCCCGAGGGGGGGGGCGGGGACAAGCGCAGCCCCCGCGGCCCCGGGAAAGUCACCAAAUCGGCAUCGGCGACGGCGCUUUCGGUCACGAUCCCCAGCGAGGCGCCCGGCUCGUCCCCGCUGGGCAGCCCCAUGUCCCCGCGCUCCGUGUCCUCGGACCCGUCGUCCCGCGACUCGUCCCCGGGCCGGGAGCUCGCCCCCCCCGCCGUGGCCGCCCCCCCCCGCUCGCCCAUCGCCAUCCCGCGCCCCGGGCGGCGCUUCGGCUUCACGCUGCGCGCCAUCCGCGUCUACAUGGGCGACAGCGACCUGUACAGCGUGCAGCACAUCGUCUGGCACGUGGAGGAGGGAGGCCCCGCCCAGGAGGCGGGGCUCUGUGCCGGUGACCUCAUCACCCACGUGAACGGGGAGCCCGUGCACGGGCUGGUGCACACGGAGGUGGUGGAGCUGAUCCUCAAGAGCGGCUCCAAGGUGCUGGUGACCACGACGCCCCUGGAGAACACGUCGAUCCGCCUGGGCCCCGCCCGCCGCCGCAGCGCGCGCCCCCGCAUGGCCCGGAGGAACCGGCGCGCGGGCAGCGGGGGCGGCCCCGAGAGGCGGCGCAGCGCGCUGUUCCGCCACCUGGCCCGCCAGGCGUCGCUGCUGCACACGAGCCGCUCGCUGACGUCACUGAGCCGCUCGCUCUCCUCGUCCGACAGUCUCCCCGCCUCCCCCACGCACGCGCGCGCGCGAGACCCCGCCCACCCGCCGCGCGCCAGCGAACCAGGCCCGUCCCCGCCCAGCAGCUCCCCGGGCUCCAGCGCGCCCCCGUCCCCCGCCGGCCCGCACCUGCGCCCCAGCUCCCUGCAGGGCCUGAGCCCCAAGCUGCAGCGGCAGCACCGGGCGGCGCGCUGCAAGUCGGCCGGGAGCCUCCCGCUGUCCCCGCUGGCGCACACGCCGUCCCCGCCGGACCCGCACCCCCGCCGGGGCCCCCCCGAGCGCCCGCCGGGCCCGGGGGCGGCGCCCCGCAAGCCGGAGCUGCAGAGCCUGGCCGAGUGGGACGGGGAAGCGGCGGCCGAGGGGCCCCCCCCGGGCCCCCCCGCGGCGCACCCGGCCCGCCGCGCCGGGGGGGCCCCGCCCGCCCCCGCCGAGCCCCCCAAGGCGCUGAGCCCCGUGCAGGAGCACGAGCGGGGGGGCGCGGGGGGGCCCCCGGUGCCCAUCGUGGUGGUGGCGCCCGGGGAGGGGGAGGGCGCGCCGGGGCCCCCCCGCACCUGCGGGCCCCCCCCCGCCCGCUGAGCGCCCCCGUUCGCCCCCCCGGUUGUAAAUAGCGGGGGGACCCCCAGGCAUGCGGGGGCCCCCCCGGACGCGAAGGGUUAAUACUGUGACACCCCCCGUGUGACGUCACCACCCCCGUUCUCGCUAUGCAAACGCCCCCCCAACCCCCCCCCCCGCCAGGGGACGGGGGGACGGGGGGGCCCCGGGGACCAAUAAACGUCUGUACAGCGCC